AUGUCCCACAGGCAGAAGCAUGAUCAAGGCCUUGAGGGCCAGCUAGGGGAGGAAGUUCCUGCAGCUAAAGAGGUAGGCACCUUGGAGAAGGUAGCUGCUGCCGAGGAGUCCCAGGAAACCUCCUCAUCCUCUGCUUCUGCUCAAGCCACUGCAUCAAGCAAAGCAAAUACAGGUCCUCGUGGUCAAGCAGAGAGAGGUCAACGUACCUCAAAGGCCUACCUAUUCUCCAAGUUUUUGCUCAACAGUAUGCUUCAGAAGAAGGUUACUGAUUUGGUGAAGUUUCUGAGUUUCAAGUAUAUAAGAAAUGAGCCCGUCACAGAAGCAGAAAUUCUGAAGAGAGUUGUUAAGGAGUACAAGGGCUACUAUGCAUUGAUCUUCAAGCAUGCCUGUGAAUGCAUGGAAGUGGUCUUUGGCAUUGAUGUAAAGGAAGUGGAUACCUUGAACCACACCUACAGGCUCCUGAAAAUCCUUGACCUCACCUAUGAUGGGCGGAUCAGCAAUGAAGAGGGGAUACCCAAGACCGGCCUCCUGGUGCUUAUCCUUGGUGUAAUCUUCAUGGAAGGCAACCGUGCUUCUGAGAAAAAGAUCUGGGCGGUGCUUAGUGUGGUUGGUGUGUAUCCUGACCAACAUGAUUUUAUAUGUGAGAAUCCCAGAAAGUUCAUCACUGAAGAUUUGGUGUUAGAGAAUUACCUGAUAUACCAGCCUAUACCUCACAGUGAUCCUCCAAGUUAUGAGUUUCUGUGGGGCCCAAGGGCCCAAGCUGAAACAAGCAAAAUGAAAGUCCUGCAGUUUUUCUCCAAGGUUGCUAGGAGUAACCCCACUUCCUUCACUGCUUUGUAUAAAGAGGCUCUGGAAGAUGAAGAGGAGAGAGCCCGAGCUCUGCUUGCCUCCACAGCCAUUUCUACUGCUGUGGACAAUUCAGGUUCUGGGGACAAGCCCAGCAGUGUCUCCCACCCUGAGUAA